AUGUUACAAUCACGUCCUCAAGUUCGGCCCGUCGGCUACCAAUACUCCACAGCGUGCCACGACAGCGACUCUGACUCGUCUGUGAUUUCCGACCGCGGCUGCCGCCCGUUCACUGCUUGCAAGGUUGCUCCUGCUGUGGCUACUCUCGCCAGCACCGCAAGCUCUUCGUAUGUGUGCAGCGGAACCGACACGCCUGCCCACUACUCUACGAAUACUUCCACUGCUCCGUCACUGACCUGCUCGCCCGAGUGCUGUCUGAAGGCCCAGAACGGCAUCCAGUUUGUGUGUCCCAAACCCAAGCGUAACGGCUCGGUCGACAGCGUCAAGCACAAGCGCUUUUCUAUUUGCACCCCUCCUCCCAGCGACGGUGCGUUCAACUGGUCCGAUAGCGACGACGACGAGGAGUACAGUCGCACCGAAGAAGACGACGACGAGGACGACUGCGACAACGCAAACAGCGUCCUCUACCGCCGUCUGAUGCGCCGCCACUCCUCUGUCAAAGUGUGUCUCUAUGAUGAGGAAGAUACCGUCGACGACGGUGAGCAAGCCAUGUUUUCUCAGGACCUCUAA